CUCACUCCGUACCAAAUAGCCACGGAGGUCUAGUGAAGUGAAAUUGUAGGUUGGAACAUCUUUGAAACAUCUACAGGUCAGCGAAGCUUCGUGUGUUUCGUUUAUUCAUUUACAAAAUGUGGUUGUGUUGAAAACGACAGCGAUUUAUUUGCAAUUCGAAAACAUAAAAUAAGGGCAUUCUCGAGAUCGAAUAAUUUGUAAUGAAAACAAUUUUAUCGCUCCGAAAGCGAGGAUGAUUUAUACCCUAAUCUAAUUUACAGAUAUUAUUACUGAUUACCGAUUAAUUAACAAUUUAUCAGUAAUUUGGUAAAUUGGAUCAUUCAUGUUUUUAAAAUAUUUUUAAAUAUUGUUAGUUAGUCGGGUCAGUGUUGCUUGAGGUAGCAAAGGUGGGUACAUGUGAGUGUCCGAGUAUCACGGCGAAAGAAUGCGAUCGCGAUAAUCACGCAUGAAGCAGCUGGACUUCAGGCUGCGUGGGUAACUCGACGUAAAAUGGCGGGAGUAGUACUACCAUGGCUGAACAUCGACUACGCCAACAGGAUAAUGCGACAAGCAGAGGAGGACAAUACCUUGCAGGUGACCAAUAUAUUUACCAAAGCGGCCACGGACAAGGGCGACAAUUAUUCCAGCGACCUGAUGAGGGUGACGGUCGACUUCACCCGUAAUAAAGGGGACAAACUGGUGACCGAGAAGAAGUCGAUGAUCCUCAAACUUGAACCACUCGAAGAAGGUCCCCGACGAGAAAUGGUCAGGAAAAUUGAAGUCUUCGACACGGAGAUCUCUGCCCUAACCGACGCCGUGAAAAAAAUGAAUCACAUGUUGGGACCUGAGGAACGUCUCUGCCCGAAAGUUUAUCACGUACGAAAGGAACCACCGGUGGGUUUGAUCAUGGAGGAUCUUUCUGUUCUUGGUUUUCGUAUGGUCAAUCGUCAACUUGGUCUCGACAUCGAUCACGCGUUAAUGGCUCUUAGAGGAAUAGCUAGGUUUCAUGCUGCGUCGGUCGCUUUGUGCGAUAAGGAACCGAAAUACAAAGAGCAGUAUAGAAAAGGAUUGUUCAGUAGGGAGUGUCCAAUGGAGAUGCAAAUGUUCAUAGGUGCCAUUUUCACAGCGAUGGCGGAUGAAGUGGAAAAAUGGCCAGAAUUUGGAAAACCCUAUGCGGAUAAACUUAGGGCGUUUGCACCUAAUUUAUAUCGAAAAGGCGGCGAAGUUACAGCGCGUAAGGACAACGAGUUCAACGUGAUCAAUCAUGGGGAUUGUUGGGUGAACAAUAUGUUGUUCCGGUAUGAUGACAAUGGAAAACCCAUUCAGCAUAUUUUCGUAGACUUUCAGCAAUGUUUAAACAGUUCACCUGCGCUUGAUCUGCAUUACUUUAUGGCUACCAGCUUAAGCGAAGAAGUCUAUGAACAUAAAAGAGGCUUGUUGCUCGAUGAGUACUUGAAAACGUUGACAAGUGUCAUGAAGAGACUUGGUUGUAAGACAUCACCGCCCACCAUGGACGAAUUGCAGAGAACUCUGAAAGAACGACAGAUGUUCGAAUUGAUAGCUUCGGCCCUUGUCUUGCCAAUAACACUGUUAGAGAAGGAUAAAGUAAUGGAUGUCAAUGAGCUACUGCAAGCGGAUUGCAAAGAUAACCCUGGUCACAAGUCAGAUGCCUUCCGGAAUGUGAUGAGCAAAAGAUUGCCAAGAUACAUGGAAAUGGGCUUAUUGGACCCGUGAGCUUUUUAAUAUGUUUUAUUACGCUCGCAGUUGUGUCGCAUUUAAACGUUGGCGAUGGAGCACGCGACAUCGAUUGAGCAGUAGUGAGCGUGUUAAAGAAAGAUUUUCGAGAAUCGAAAUCAAUGUACAGCGAUAUCAAUUACGUACUCGAGUUUACGUGGACAGAUACUGUGUUGAACUGUGAUCGAUUUAUUGUAGCGGUAAGAUACAUUGUAAUCUGUUCUUUAUCGUCUAUCCUUGAAGGCGAAUGGUUUAACCGAAGUCCAAAUAUUUUUUGUAAUUCACUUACUCUUAAUAAUAACGAGAAAUGCUUUAGAAAGUA